AUGGGUUAUCCAAUCAAAUUAACUUCUAUACAAACAAUUAAUAUUUAUGUGAAUGAUAUAAAUGAUAAUGCACCAAAAUGGUAUCAUACAAUUGAAUCUAAUUAUAUACAAUUAAAUUCAUUAAAACAAAUUAUAAUUUAUCAUCUUGAACCAAUAUGGGAAAUUAAUCAAAAUUCACCAAUUGAAUUAAAAUCAAAAUUAAAUGCUUAUGAUAAUGAUUUAAAUGAUAAUGCUAAAUUACAAAUGUAUAUUAUUGAACCAAUUGAUGAAUAUCAACAAUUUAUUGGCCGAAACAAGUUAAGCUUACCAAUAGAUUCAUUAUAUUUAUCAAUUCAUGGUGAAUUAAUAUUAUAUAUUGAUAAAUUACAAGAAAUUUAUCAAUAUUAUACAUUUGUACGUGUACAAGAUCAUGGUAUACAUAGACAAUUAUAUACAGAUGGUUAUUUUUUUAUACAAUUACCAAUAAAAACAAUGAAUAAAUUAGAAUUAUCUAUGAAUUCAUUAAAUAUAACAAAUCGAUAUAUUGAUCAUUUCAAUAAAUCAAUAAAUACAAAUCAAUUAAAAAUCAAUACUCAAUCAACAUGGUUAUGGUUCAAUGAAUUCAAGAUCAUGAUUCUAUUAAUUAUUUCAUUAAGUUUAAUUAUUAUUCUUUCAAUAAUUAUAAUUUUUAUUAUUUUCAUAA